CGAUCGGACGGCUGCUACGCCAUCAGAGCAGCUCCAGAAGCCACCGCGCCAGUGCGCCACUGCUAAGUGGCCCCCUCCCAACUCCGACGACCCCGCCGCCGCCACCGCCGCCGCCGCCGAUGCAGAACCCCAACGGCACCAUCCUCCAGCUCUACCACGCCGGCAGGCUCGCCGCCGCCCUCCGCGCCUUCGAGUCGCUCCCCUCCUCCUCCCCCGCCUCCGCCGCCGCCGCCCCAGCCCCUCUCACCGCCGCGACCUACGCCGCCCUCGUCUCCGCGUGCUCCCGCCUGCGCUCCCUCCCGCAAGGCCGCCGCGUCCACCGCCACCUCGUGGCCUCCUCAUCCUCCUCGCCGGAUGCACAGCUCGCUGGGAACACCGUCCUCGGCAACCACCUCAUCACCAUGUACGGGCGGUGCGCCGCCCCGGACUCCGCCCGCCAGGUGUUCGACGAAAUGCCCGCCAGGAACCCCGUCUCCUGGGCCUCCGUCAUCGCCGCGCACGUGCAGAACGGCCGCGCCGGUGACGCUCUCGGGUUGUUCUCGUCCAUGCUACGGUCAGGAACUGCCGCAGACCAGUUUGCCCUCGGCAGUGCCGUGCGUGCUUGCACGGAGCUUGGGGACGUCGGCACCGGGAGGCAGGUGCAUGCGCAUGCGUUGAAGUCAGAGAGAGGCAGUGACCUGAUUGUGCAGAACGCACUCGUCACAAUGUACUCCAAGAAUGGCUUGGUUGACGAUGGAUUCAUGCUCUUUGAGAGGAUUAAAGAUAAAGACUUAAUUUCCUGGGGGUCAAUUAUCGCUGGGUUUGCUCAACAAGGUUUUGAAAUGGAGGCACUACAGGUUUUCAGGGAGAUGAUUGUUGAGGGCUCGCAUCAUCCGAACGAGUUUCAUUUUGGUAGUGCCUUUCGUGCAUGUGGGGCUGUGGGCAGCUGGGAGUAUGGAGAGCAGAUUCAUGGCUUAUCCAUCAAGUAUAGGUUGGACCGUGAUUUAUAUGUAGGAUGCUCACUGAGCGACAUGUAUGCGCGAUGCAAGAAUCUGGACUCUGCAAGGGUAGCAUUUUACAGGAUUGAGGCACCGGAUUUAGUUUCUUGGAAUUCCAUAGUAAAUGCAUACUCUGUUGAGGGCCUACUUAGUGAGGCCUUGGUCCUGUUCUCUGAGAUGAGAGACUCUGGUUUGAGGCCUGAUGGUAUUACUGUUAGGGGCCUGUUGUGUGCAUGUGUUGGCCGUGAUGCCCUAUAUCAUGGUAGGCUGAUCCACUCCUACUUGGUCAAAUUGGGUUUAGAUGGGGAUGUUUCAGUCUGCAAUUCUUUACUCAGCAUGUAUGCAAGGUGUUCAGAUUUAUCCUCUGCGAUGGAUGUUUUUCAUGAGAUAAAGGAUCAGGACGUUGUAACCUGGAACAGCAUUCUUACUGCCUGUGCCCAACACAACCAUCCGGAAGAAGUCCUGAAGUUGUUUAGUCUCUUGAACAAGUCUGAACCGAGUCUGGAUAGGAUUAGUUUAAACAAUGUACUGAGUGCUUCUGCUGAAUUGGGUUACUUUGAAAUGGUGAAACAGGUUCAUGCAUAUGCUUUCAAGGCAGGACUAGUGGAUGAUAGAAUGCUUAGUAAUACUCUAAUUGACACUUAUGCUAAAUGUGGGAGUUUAGAUGAUGCCAUGAGACUCUUUGAAAUAAUGGGAAACAAUCGUGAUGUGUUCUCUUGGAGCAGCUUGAUUGUUGGAUAUGCCCAAUUUGGUUAUGCAAAGGAAGCAUUUGAUUUAUUUUCGAGGAUGAGAAGCCUAGGAAUCAGGCCAAACCAUGUAACGUUUAUCGGAGUUCUUACAGCAUGCAGCCGAGUCGGUUUUGUUAACGAAGGCUGCUAUUACUACAGCAUUAUGGAGCCUGAGUAUGGCAUUGUUCCAACACGAGAGCAUUGUUCAUGUAUCGUUGAUUUGUUGGCUCGUGCUGGGAAACUAACUGAGGCAGCAAAUUUUAUUGACCAAAUGCCAUUUGAGCCUGAUAUUAUAAUGUGGAAGACCCUGCUGGCUGCUAGCAAAAUGCACAAUGAUAUGGAGAUGGGAAAGAGGGCAGCAGAAGGUAUUCUGAAUAUUGAUCCUUCCCAUUCAGCGGCCUAUGUCUUGCUGUGCAACAUAUAUGCUGCUUCUGGCAAUUGGAAUGAGUUUGCAAGAUUGAAGAAGGCGAUGAGAACUAGCGGCGUUAAGAAAUCACCUGGGAAGAGUUGGGUUAAGCUGAAAGGGGAGCUAAAAGUCUUUAUAGUGGAGGACAGGUCACAUCCAGAGUCUGAGGAAAUAUACGCAAUGCUGGAGUUAAUUGGAAUGGAAAUGAUAAAAGCUGGUUAUGUUCCAAAGCAUUCAUGGAAACAUGCUAUUGUUGAUCAUAUUGAUAGUGAUUUGUUCAAUGAAGAGAUGCUAGCUGAAUAUGGUUGAGUGGGAGAUAAAGAAAACAGUAAUUGCUGACUCUGGGGUAUUCGCAUGUCUUCCUUGUUGUAAGAAAUACUUGUUAAUCACCAAGAUAAUUAUUAAAGCUUUGUCAGAAUUACAAUGCAACAUACAGAAGUUGCAUAAGCUUGGCAUCAUGCACCAUUUGAGAACUUACCAGUAUGUUAUAGAUUAUAUUUUGCCUAAAUAAUUUGAAAGAAGAAGUGGGUUCGACAAAUCAUGCAUAGUCAGCCUGCUGAAGGAGCUAAGCUAUUCAUGUAAUCUUGCUAAUGAUAUGCGAAGCACAACUGGGGCUUAUGUAUUUGUUUGAUCUGUCACAUAUUUCUGCCAAGUAAGAUUUAAUCCAGUGAGCCAUACACAAGCCACUUGUCAAUAUCGAUUUUGUGAACAGGGGGCAUUCCUUUUCCUCAUCCAGCUUGCUACUCCUUUCUUUGGCUUCCAGAUAUGAACUUGGCUAACCUGAGGAAAUGCGUUUUGCAAGGUUCGUUGACAGUGAUCUUGCUAUUUGAUACAUGAAGGCAGGCUGUAUUUGUUUUAUCAGCCAGAUAUUUCUGCUAUGUAGGUUUCAGUUCAGUGCGCUAUACACAAGAUGAGAACUUGAUCUCUUGCAGAAAGGUCAAAAACCUGUCUUUUAAUCUAGGGUUAAUUGUAUUCAUGCCAUUACAAAUUUGCCCGUUUUGAAAAUUAUCAUUACAAAUCUGUUGAAAUCGGAAAUAUGUCACUACUUACGUUCUAUAUGCACUGAUUCCUUUAUGGACCAAAUUACCCUUAUGUUCUACCUCAGUCCCCUCCUCUAUCUCUCUCUCCCUGUCCAAGUAUCGUCAACGAGACUGGCGUCGGUGGAAGGUGGGAGCAGCAGCAGCCUGAUGGCUGGAUCCGCCGCGUCACACUGCUCAUCGACGAACUCACCUGUGGGGCUUGAGGAUCUGGUGAGUAGGUCGGCUUUGCGAGCACAUAGUGGUUGCUGAAGUUCAUGUGUGUCCCCCCCUGCCCCCUCCUGGGCAUGGACAAAUCGACAUCUUGUCCUCUGCUCCCACCAAAUCUCAGCGAACUGCUAAAACUCCUCCCAAAAUCAAACCUUCAGCUCAAUAUGCGCUGAAGCAAACAAGCACCAAAAACAAGACAGGACGCUAAAAUCACUCAAAAUAUCCAAUCUUUGCCCAGAUGCGAGCAAGUCUGCUCUCCAAAAUCCAACCUUUUGACCAUCAACCAAAUCAGGGGAAGAACAAAGACACGUGCAGAAAUUUCUGGAGACAGAAAGAGAUUUGAGGAGCCGGGUCCCAGACAAGAUAGAAGGGAAAGAGGACAGAAAAUUUUGUUGGUUUCAUCAUCGAUUGAUGAAGCUGAUACACUUCGAGUUUCGGUUUCGUUGGGUGGACGCAAAGUGUGAGUUUGGCUCUGGCGAUGGGUGGAAGCGGUGCUCAGCCUCAGGGACGAGGCUGGUUCACCGCCGCUGCUGCUUGGGGAUCGAGAGGGAAUGAGGGAUGGGAGGUAGAGUGGAGAGGACGGAGGUAGAAGAUAAGGGCAAUGUAACCAAAAUAAAAUUUCUGUGCAUUGACGGAGUAAGUAGUGGCAUAUCUUUGAUUUCAACAGAUUUAUAAUGGCAUUCUUCCAAUUAGAUGAAUUGUAAUGGCAUUUAUAGUGGCAUGGAUCCAAUUAACCCUUUAAUCUAUCACUGAUAAAACAUGCCUUUUAGAAUAGUUGCUUGUCAACAUCAAUUGCUAGCUAUUUCAUGAAAAAAUAAGCAUGCCAUAUUAAGUUUGGAGGAUUCUCCUAACGAAAAGUUCGUAACAAUAAUCCCAUACAAGCUGGCUAUGAGGAUAUGUAUUUGAUACUUGCAGCAUGAAUUUUCUGAGCAAGUGACAGUGACACAAGUAACAGCAUGAUGAUGGAGCACUGUAACAAUUCCAACAGAGUUAACAACAAUAUUCUCCAUCUUAGAGAUGUGCACAUAAAUACUAAAGGUAGGAUACAAUUUGCCCAACACAAGUGGUCGCGAUGGCGAGUCCAGAAAGGACGGAUCCAAGUAGAUUUAGCUUGAGAUCAGUAACUGAAGCAAUGCCCACUCCAAGAAGUAAGACCAGUAGAGAAAGCUUGAUACUCUCGCUGCACAUUUUUGGACUAUCAUUAGCUCAAUGACUAUAGAAUAGAUACCUUGAUGACCUUCAAGCAAUGACUCAACGAUUGAUUCAACAGAAUGCGUUUAUAUAAAUUUUUGUGUUCACUUCAGUAUUUUAUGUGCAACAUUGGCUAUCUUGUAUCUUUAAUUCGACCUUAAAUGAGGUGCGGUGGAUAGUUGUUCACUUGUUAAGAGAGUGCUCAGUUUACAUUUCAAAACCUGAAUCUUUUCUUCAGGAAGAUUGUCUCCAACAGCACAGUGAAAGGUAUGAUCGCCAAUUUUGUCAUCUGCAGAAUACUUAAGUUAGUGUGCUUGUUCCAUGUUUUGUAGGAAACAACCAAAGAGAUGACAGUACACCUAACCUGGUAGAAUCCAAUGGAGUUGAAUCCUAAACUAAGGUUGAGAAGGCCAAUUGAGGUGCCAUUCAGCAACCCAAAGAGGAUCACUGUUUGCCCAUCAAUUGCCUUUGGUUCAAAGAAAUGCAAGCGUUGUGCCACAUGGAGGGUGCAGAAGGUCAUCAUGAGAUGCCAGCUUGUCAAUGUUGUAGCUACAUAGGUGCAAAAACAACAGAAUACAGCAUUAAUGACAAUGGCAACUGAUGAUGCAACCGACAGCGCAAGAGACCCGAUCACACCGAGCUGGAACCCAGAUGACAUCAUCAUUUGCUAUUGUUAUCUUCUCCUCUGAAUUCACAUUACACAUGAAGAGGUCAGUGCAAGGUAUAUUUCAUUGAAGAGAGUUGGUACCUGCUACCUACCGGGCUGCUUCUUGGAGGGUACAAUGAUCGAUCGAAAGGUGGUUCAAGUCGAUGUCAAAAUGGUUGAUCAGUUGGCAAAGUGUCAACCAGACACCAAACACAUGCAAUGCAAGCAAACAUGAGUGAAAUCCAACGCAGGCUUCAUGUGUUUGGUGGUCACGUCGUAAGCAAAAUGAUUACAAGAUGAGAAGACAGGCUUUUGGAUUAAUGUUUCAAAUUACAAGGCAAAAUUCUGAAUUAAUAUAUAAUCCGUUACAUGGGUCAUGGAUACCCAUUAUUACGGGUUACUUUUCUAAAAUUGAACUUCUAUGUUUCUUCUCUUUUGCCAAUUAAAUUUAAAUGGAUCCAAGUUUGCAGUCAGUCUAGGAUUGACAAAAAGCGGUUGGUAGAACCGGAAAAGGCUAAUUGCCGAGUCUUCCUCUCAAGCAAUUUUUUGCUUGAUUGGACUAUAUGUUAAUCCUUAAUUAUAUUAUUUUUUCUUUUUUUGAGGGUAA